GACUAUAAUUACACUGCAAUAGGCAUUAGGCAAGCCCCGCAAGCGGCAAGUCUAUUUUAUUCACAGAAUUUAAUUUGUUUUUUAUUUACGGUCAAUUACCUAUUUAUGUAAUUUUUAACAUUUCUAUCGAUUCCGCUUGUAUCUAAUAUCUUACAAUCAGUUUAUAAUCAUGUGCUACAAAAGUUUAUGUUCUAUUUUAACGUAGUUUGGUCCUUUUAAUUUUGGUGAACUUAUAAAAUUAAAAUCAAACAAGAUGUUUAAUUACAAGUAUUUAUCUCGGGAACAUCUCGAAGGAUUUGAUAAUUACAAGUACAUGUCAAAAGACACCAGUCCUCUCAGUGUUUAUGUUAUGCACCCAUUUUGGAAUAAAGUUGUAGAGCUAGUACCAAGAUGGGUUGCACCAAAUGUUUUAACAUUUUCGGGAUUUCUCUUCACUGUACUCGAUUUCAUACUAUUGUCAUACUAUGAUUAUGACUACACGGCAGCCAGUGCAGUGGUGAAAAAUGAAACUGUGGUUGAACCACUGAAUGGUAGGACCGAAGUAAUACCCCAAACGCUGUGGUACUUUCUCUCAGUGUUCCUGUUUUUGGCAUAUACCCUGGAUGGUAUUGAUGGUAAACAAGCCCGUAGAACACAAACAUCAGGCCCGCUUGGUGAACUCUUUGACCAUGGACUGGAUUCAUACUCAGUUUUCUUUAUACCUGCUUGUCUUUAUUCCAUAUUUGGUCGACUGGAUUUCUCCAUUCCACCUAUAAGAAUGUAUUAUGUGAUGUGGAACCUUCUUUUGAAUUUCUACAUAAGCCAUUGGGAGAAAUACAAUACUGGAGUAUUGUUCCUGCCCUGGGGAUACGAUUUUAGUAUGUGGGCAUCGACAUUUUUCUUUAUGUGGACUGGGGUGAAGGGAACAGGGUACUAUAAAAAGUACAUUUUUGGCAGCUAUACCUUAGCCAAUGCCUUCGAGUGGGUCAUAUAUGGAACGGGUGUCUUCACCAAUCUACCUGUUGCCUUGUAUAAUAUAUAUUUGUCAUACAAAUUACGAACCGGCAAAAUGCGUAAUCCCCUAGAAGCGAUACGACCCGUUUGGUCAAUUUUAAGUGUAUUUCUGGUGUCGUCGGUGUGGGUCCAUAAAUCCCAUUUGGUGGAGAUUGAGCCAAGAGGAGUGUUCCUACUGAUAGGCACUUUGUUUAGUAACGUUGCUUGCCGGCUUAUAGUUAGUCAAAUGAGUAACCAGAGGUGCGAUGCGAUCAACUGGCUCCUUUGGCCGUUAACCGGAAGUGUCAUAGCAUCUAUUGUAUUCCCGGGAUACGACCUGGCUAUAUUCUACGCUCUGACGCUUCUAGUAAUCGUUGCUCAUGUGCAUUAUGGCGCUUGUGUGGUACGACAAAUGUGUGAUCACUUCAGAAUAAGGUGUUUCCACAUAAAACAACGUGCUGAUUGACUUUUAGAUGACAAUGUGUGCUGAUAACAUAACAUAACGUUAAUAGCAUUUAUUCAAAAUUCGAAUUCAAAGACAUUUAUCGUUUACAUCUGACAGCUGACACGUGUCAAAUGUAUUUGACAAUCAUGUCUUGUUUGAUAUGCGCCAAUCAAAUAUUUUUAUUAUAAAUAAUAUUAUGUCCUGUUGGACUAAAACUAAAUCAUAUCAGUCAGAAACGGAUUUAUUUUAAUAUAUAUGAUUGAUUAUUUUAGUUUCGCUGUAGUUUUUACUGUUUUUUUUUUUAGUUUGGAAUCCUUAAGUCUGAGUCUCACAAUUUAUAAUAUUCCCUGUGAAGAAAUAUUUAAAUAUUCGUAUUGAAUAAAGUAAACGAAUACGCACUCUAUACUAUUGUAGUUAUCGACAUCGUUAUGGUUCCAAUUAUGCCCACCGAGCGCUGCUCAAGUUUUUCAUACAAAAAUAUAGUGUAAUUAAUUCGUUACUUUAACUGCUCACAUUCACGUAUUUAAGAAUAAUUAUGUAUUUUUUGUGCAUAUAUGUGAUGAAAAGAGAUAGAUUAAAAACAGUGCAAUUAAGUUUAAGUUGGCAACACUUACAUUGAUUCUGUCUGAUGUGGAUCUGUGCAGAUUUCACUUUGGCGCGUUUAUGUUAUGUUAUCACAGUUUUUACAUUUUAUAGCACACAUUGUCAUAUAGUUGGAAUUAAAUUAAUUUUAAGUAUAUUUUUUUAUCUAUAUAUGGGUUCUUUUGACCAAAAUAGAAAAUGCACCUGCAUUUUGAAAGAGAUUUUUUCAUUACAAUUUAGUCCUUUGUAUAGAAUUCAGUUUUCUUUUCAAAGUACUAACUCAUUGAUAGAUAUGUUGCUAACCAUCUAUUGUACCAUUUUCUUGAGAAAAAUCUAAUAUAUAUAAGUAUAAGGAUAUUUGACCAGGUUUUCGCAGGAAUGGAUGUUUUUCCUUAUUAAAUAUUUUUUCUUUACUCCCGCCGAUGUACUACUACUAAAUACUGCUUUUUAAAUAGUUUGAUAUAUUUAGUUGAUGUACUUUAGAACUUAGAGUAAAGCUACGAUUUCCUAGAAAAGCGGUGCCGUUAACUAACGGUCGUCAUUUUACGGUUGUUAAUAACGGCCGUCUUUACGGUGGCCAAGCUGUGGUUUCCUAGAAAGUAGUGCGACCGUAUUCAACCGUAGUCACUCAGUACUCACUCGAGCUUUAGGUCGUGCACUGUUAAAAAAUGGACGAUUGGGACAUUAUUAGUAUUUUUGGAUGAUGAGGAGUCAUCAGAAGACGAAAAAAAAGCGUUUGGAGGAGAGUUGCUUCACAAAUUUUGCUUCUUUUGAGCUUGUCUGUACUCUUUAGAUUUGAUAUUGUACAAAGCUUCAUGAUUUUUAACAAAAUCAAUUAAUUGUUCAUCAUUUUCGCUCGUCCCAGUCAUUGUAUAAAUUAAAUAUGCGCACCGCUACACGCGAAAAACGUUGAACUACUGUUUAUCACCGCU